AGCUCAACGCCUUUUCCGGGUUUCUAUAACGUUGUUAUGGAGUGGGAAGAUACUACUCUUGAUACGAUGAUAUCUUUGGCUCCACAUGACAUGAGCGUCUGAAUGACAUUUAGCCGACAGCCAGCACCUAAAACAUUUAUCCAAUAAGAUAAACAAAACACAAAAUGUUUUGUACAGAGUACAUUAGAGCUAAAAGUAGCUAACUACUGUGGUUGCUCAGUAAGAGCAAAAUCUCACGGGUCGCUACAAAACCUUUGCUCUUGUAGCUAGCAUGAUAAUGGGAAAACUCCGAAAUUUAAAACUCCUGUUUGACAUUUCCCAGCACUGGGGAAUCAGGUGUAUCCAACCCAGAUAUUGCUCUAAUUUAGCUAACACCAGGGUGACUGAAAGUGAAAGGAGGACAUCUGUAGACAGGUUCAAAUCCCGCAUCUCCUCUGGUCCAAGCUUUCAGGAUUUCAUCAAAGGAGCUUCAGUUAGUAAGACUUGUGUUGCAGAUGGAGACCACUCAGACAAACAUGCUUAUCUUUCCGAGGACUUGGAUAUGGGGAAUUCAAGAAAAGUGUAUUUUGAAACCUAUGGAUGUCAAAUGAAUGUAAACGACACGCAGAUAGCCUGGUCCAUACUACAGAGGAAGGGAUAUCUACGCACGUUUGACUUGAGUGAGGCAGACGUCGUCCUUCUGGUAACCUGCUCCAUAAGAGACAGAGCUGAGCAAACUAUUUGGAAGAGACUGCAAGUACUAACAGCUCUGAAGAAGAGGCGCUUGAAGACCCACGCACCAAUGAAAAUUGGGAUUUUGGGAUGCAUGGCGGAGAGGCUAAAGACGGAGAUAUUGGAGCGGGAGAAGCUCGUAGAUGUUCUUGCUGGUCCAGAUGCCUACCGGGACCUUCCCCGCCUCUUGGCUGUUGCAGAUGGAGGUCAGCAGGCGAGCAACGUGCUGCUGUCGUUGGAGGAGACGUACGCUGACAUCAUGCCUGUCCACCACGCCUCUCAGGGAUACAGUGCUUACGUGUCCAUCAUGCGAGGUUGUGACAACAUGUGUAGUUACUGCAUUGUUCCCUUCACCCGAGGCAGAGAGAGGAGUCGACCUGUCAGCUCCAUACUUGAGGAGAUUCGCAUGCUGUCUGACCAGGGUGUGAAAGAGGUGACUUUGCUGGGUCAGAACGUGAACAGCUACAGAGACAUGUCAGAAGAACAGUUCUGUGGCUCAGAGCUGACCCAGCUCAGCUGCGGGUUCAAAACCAUCUACAGGACUAAACAGGGAGGCCUGCGCUUCUCCGAUCUGCUGGACCGAGUGUCAUGCAUCGAUCCUGACAUGAGGAUCAGAUUCACUUCCCCUCACCCCAAGGAUUUCCCUGAUGAGGUUUUGCAUCUGAUUGCGGAACGAAAAAACAUUUGUCGACAGAUCCACCUUCCAGCACAGAGCGGGAGCAGCAGGGUCCUAAAAGCGAUGCGGCGUGGCUACACAAGAGAGACCUACCUUGAUCUUGUGAAGAACAUCAAGAGAAUUAUCCCAGAGGUGAGUCUCAGCAGUGACUUCAUCUCAGGCUUCUGCGGUGAAACAGAGGACGACCACCAGCAGACACUGUCUCUGAUCAGAGAGGUGGGCUACAAUGUGGGCUUCUUGUUUGCCUACAGUAUGAGAAAGAAAACAUACGCCUUCCAUCGGCUACAAGAUGACGUGCCUGCAGAGGUGAAGCAGCAGAGGCUGGAGGAGUGUAUCAGCGUAUUCAGAGAGGAAGUUGCGAAGAUCAAUGCCGCACUUAUCGGCAGCACACAGCUCGUCCUGGUGGAGGGAGAAAGUAGAAGAUCUGCCCAGGAACUGUGUGGGAGAACGGAUGGCAAUAUGAAAGUGAUUUUCCCCAAAGAAGAUGUCGCUGUUCAACUUGUAGACUCCAACACGGCACCGAUUAAUGCUGGAGACUAUGUGCUAGUGAAGAUAUCAUCAGCCAACUCUCAGAGUCUGAGAGGCCGAGCCCUCAGCCACAGCUCCCUGAGAGGCACAGUGGAGUCUCAGACACAAACAUGACUGAAACGUACUCCUGAAUGACCCACAUGUAACAGACUCUUAUUUUCUUCUCUGAAGACACGUGGAGUGACUGAAUUUUUGUCAUCUUACAGUCACACGGGACUUUUGUGCAAACUGCCAUGUGUUAUUUAUACAGUCAAUAGCAACUAUGUGUGUGUACAUACUGAACUGCUUAAGAUACUGGACCCUGUUUGGAAGGUGAAUGUUUCUUUAAUGCAAACUACUGUGACUUAUUUGUCUUGUCUGCAGCAGUGGUGCUUUCCUUCAAAACAAGACUAUAUGGCAUUUUUUAUGGCACUCCUUAAACUGCAGUAAAAAUGUCACGGGUCAGCACAUUGGCAGAAUCACUUUGUGAGCUACCGAAGUCGGAAACUUUGAGACAGAAUUUGCCCAAAGUCAGCAGCAGAAAGUGCUGUGAUGUGCUUUGGAAAGAGCAUGUCGUUAUAAAAACAAAAAAAGAAAGAUGAUUGUGGUGACAAACAGCAAACCCUGUCCUACAGACUUUAGUAGCCUUGUUGGAAAGGUUCACUGCUCUAGAUUUUCUAUGUGGAAAACCUGGUCUGAGUGCACAUUUAAAGAGCAUGAAAACAGUAUCAAAACAUCAAAGUGAUAAAAAUCUCAGGCGAUGCAAACAGGACAUCUGCUACAUACAUCUCUCAGGAGUGUAGAAAAAGUAAUACUUUCAUAUCAUGAAUUUUCUUUCUGUGAAAUUUCUGGCUGUGGUUAUGCCGUCGUGGCAGCCUUCCCCAUAGCAGAGAUGAAUCCUGGGAGUUUCCAGAAUUCAACCAUUCAACUCGUGAACUGAACAUCUGUCGCAAUUAGCACAUAGUCCUAGAGAAACACACAGCACAGCAGACAUGAUGAGUUCUUUCCAUCAACUAGAUAAAUAAGAACCUUUUCUACUAAUUUACUGACCUUCAUUAAAAUCCGGGUGAAAUAAUAAAAGCAGCUUGCAUAAAACUGUACUGACCUUCAGGACCUGAAGCUCAGUGCUCACAAGCUUCAUCUUUCCAAGUGUAGGAAGUGGGUAUCCCUUUGCAAGUUGAACUAUGAAGCAAAAUUCAUGAAUGAGCUACAGAUUCAAGUGAUAAUUCUCUGUAGGUUCAUCACAACAGGCAAACCAUUUCACCUUGUCAUUUGAUCCAUUUUUGUACUAAUAUAUCGAUUGUAGCCACAUAUGUAAUUUCCCCUGAAGGGGGUGUAUGAUAUAAAUUGAUAAAGAAUCUACAGUACAGAUUUGUCCAAAGACAUUUAGAGUUCUGAGGCAACUGAGACCUGGAAAAAGAGUGUUUAAUGACCCGGCACCUAGUUCAUGGAGUACAAACUGAAAAUGUGAGAACUCACCAUUCAGGUCAGGUAUCACUACCAGUUUGAGGACCAUUUGAAGGAUUUUGUUGAGGGAUUUGACCUGCAGGUUAGGGUGAGGGUUAGUUUGUUCGGUUGGUACUGGCGGUACGCUGUGGCUUGUGUUAGAAUGCAGCUCACCUGAAAGUCUCCCACGUAACUUGUCCUCAGGGUCAGAUCCAUUCUGUGUAAAUUAGGCAAAAUUAGACUGUGAUGCUCAUCUUUGUGAGGACCUUUUGGCCCCAUUUUUCUCUUCUGAGAGCAAGUGCUGAGUUUUUUACUAACUCACUUGUUCAGGGUGACAGCUCCAGCCAGCCUCAUUUCACUGACAAACACUCUGGCGCUGACACUGGUCUCCUGUAAAGGCAGGAAGGUGAGAAAGUUUUGAGAGUUUUUCCAAACCACGCAAAUAGCUUUUUGUCAUACCAGCUGUGUGACCUACCAAAUUCAGAAUGAAUAGAGGGGUUAGUGUUGCGUUGGGCUGAAUAACGUAGGCUGUCACCAGGCCAACGGCCUGAACUGUCAUGUUGUUGGGUUCGAAAGUGAUGAUGGGGCUUUUCUCCGUCUUCACCAGCAGUUUCAUCAUCAUUCCCGGGAAAAGCUUGGCAAGCUGAAAAUACACCAAGAUGUAACUGACAGGUCGCCAAUGAAGAUAAUGCUGCUCAUGAAAUCAGUGGAAUAUGUUAUCACCUGCGGGAUGAAGGCUCCAAACGUUCUGGUGUUGAGUCGGAUGGGGGAGCUCUUUGGAAUCUGUUGUGACAGAGCCAGAAAGGUUGCAGAUGAGUGGGACUGCAUGAAAGUAGAUCUAUGAAGGAGCUGGGGGGAAUGAAGCUCACCAUGUCGUCAGUGAUGUACUCGCUGAGUGCCCCGGCUUUGUGGUAGACAAAGGCUGCAGAAUUGGCGGUGAAGGUGGACAGACCGAAGUACAACAUGCUGUUGGUCUGGGGUGGCAGGGAAAAGGCAGUGGGAGAAAAUGGGGGCUCCUCAUGCUUCCCGGUGUUGUAAAAUUCACCCUAAAUGAUAAAGAAACAGCAGAGACUGAAAACAUGACCACUGCUGUGUGUUUCUUAAACGAUCAAACUGCAGCUUCAGAUAGAUGAACUUCUACAGUAUGAUGGUGCACAAUCCUUUACCUUCAAGUUCAACUCUAUAGAAGAGUUAGAAACUGUAGGUGAUGACACCAUGGAGUAUUCAAUCUCUGCAUACUUGUCCACCUUAGCAUCAACUGCAGUAAAGGAAAAAAUCUCUCAGAUAUUCAACACCAAUGAAACUUCCAAAUAUUUGACACAAAGAAAGGAUUUUUUUAUUUAUUUAUUUUUUACCAUUGAGGGUUUUCAAAGCGGGGUUCAAAUCAGAUACAGCAUCAUCCACCAGAGGGCAGAUCUGCAACAACAGAGACAACAACAGUUCUUGAUAGAACGACAACUAAGGAAUAACUUCCUUUGUCCACUAUUUAUCUUUGAUUUGUAGAUUUAAUUUCUGAUUUGUUACAGAAUUUAGACUAAUUGUUAAUACUGACUGACUCUGAUGCAGAGUUUUUCCUCAGAUAUGAAAGAUUUCAGUUUCUGUGCCUUCCCUGUCUGACAACUUUCUGUCAUUUUAGCUUGGGAAGCAGCUGCAUUCAUAAAGCAUCCUCAGACUAAGAGUUGCUCGCAAUGGGCCGAGUUAAGACAAAGGAGGAUGGAAGUACUGUGGAUCAGCUGUGUGGUCUGUAAAGUUGAGCUCAGAGUUAAUCUGGAUGCAAUCACCUCACUAAUGGAAACAAUCAAACAGACCGACUGUCAGAAUUAUUCAUCAAACCAAACGUGUGCUCUUCAGACUUGAAUCUAAGUGCCUUACUUGAGUAUUUAAUUUAUUUUAUACUUUUACUGAGCUGCAUUUUGUAAAAAAAUACUGUAUGUUUUACUCAAGCAUAUUCAUGUGACAGCUCUAGUUAGUUUCCAAAAUAACACUUAAACAGAUUCAGUAAGCAUAUGAGAUACAAUGCAUUGUUAAAGAUUAAACCAGUGUUAAGCUACUUCAGUAACCUCAAGAAUGUGGAUACUUCUUUGUGGUUGCUUUCAGUUCCCAAGUAAAAAUUGCCAAAGGAAGAAGUAAAGAUGAAACUCCUAGUUGGGAACUUCUAGCUGUGCUAGUGUUAAAAUAGACUUGGUUUGCACUCACCUGUUUCUGCAGAGCAUUUUUCAAGGCCUUGUCAAUAUAUUUGCUGAAGAGAUUGUAAAGCCAACUGAAACAAAAAGCCACAUGAACACAUGCCACGCAUGAACUGGGGAGAAUGCAAUAUAUCGAGCAGGACAGGUAAAACUGAAAACGCACAUUCCAUACCCUUCAGUAAUGCACAGAGGGUUUUUUUGUGUUUUUUUACCUGGCUCCACCGUGAAACUUGACCUUGGCACUGCCGACGCUGGCUGCACAGCCGACACUCGUGACCUCAGGUCGGCCUGUGUCAUCGCUCUUGAUGACAAUAGUUGUAGUGAUGGAGAGUCCAUUCACAUUCAAAUCAAAAGAGCCACUGUCCUUUCUGUCGAGGGAGAGAAGUCAUUGCUGCAGCAGAAAUGUCACAAAUUGAAUUCAGAUGUGCUGUAUAAGGAAGAAAUCUUUUCUUACAUUAUUCUGAGGUACUUGACCCUCCAGUUUCCACGCAGAUUGAUGAAGGCAUUCCCAAUGGACAACCUGACACCAGUCCCUGGCACCAGACCCAAUGCAGAUGAUGGUAAUCCCACAUCCACAAUUUGCAGACUGGAAGGAAAAAAAAAAACGUGCUAGUUUGUCAAGGCACUUGGAGAUGAAUAAGACCUUAAAUAUUCCAGUUUCUGUGGAGGUGCCUUACUUUGACAGGCUGUACUGGACCUUGCCAAUGGGAGAUAUUCUCUCUGACCCUGAAAAAUCUGGGAUUUUGAUGGUUCUGAAUUUUCGCUGGAUUGAAGCUAUCCCCAGCUGUCUGCCUACAAAAAAAAAAAGCAAGGAAAUUUGAUGACGAAACUCAUCAAGUGACAGUCGCUUAUCAGCUGAGAGAGGGAACUGUCGCAGUGCUUACCGUAUUCCAGGCCUUUUUGUGUUAGUUGGACCUUUACCCCGGGGUUGGUGCUUAAGGUCAGAGGGAUGAAAGCCACUAGAGCCAACCAGCAGCACUGGAACAUCUUGACUGUUGGGAGAUCAAAUUUUCAGUUAAAUUCUUAUCUUUUGUAUGUACACAAUACCAUAAAACAGGCAGUUUGUGGUAUUGUGUUGUUUGUGCAGUGGUCAUGUUUGCUGUUCUAAAAUGAAUGACUGGGAAGUAAUAAGUUGUUUUUUUUUUUAAGUUGCUUGUUACUGACCAUACCUUUGUCAUCAGACAGUGUAAGUUAUGCAGUUUUUUCUGUCAUUUUAUAAACAAUGGGAGGAUGUGAACACUUGAGGAGCCACGGUAAAGUCAAGUUAAAUUUGAAAGAAAUAGUCAGAUUCUUUAAAUAAUAGCAAGUAAAAAUACUAUAUUAUUAUCAAGAAACUAUACUUACAAUUUCAAUAGUAAAUGCACUUUUAACACACUGUGCCCACAUACUCAUUCAUAGACAUCUAUGGGCAGGGCUCCAAUCACAACAGGACUCCUGUUGUGACAGGGCUCCAAUCACAACCUUUGUAUCACAUUUCAUUUAUGCAUAUAAUAAGCCCAUAGUGUGUUUUUGGUAACUUCACUACAAAUAAAAUAGUGCAAUCAAUCUGAGCUGUGGUAUAAAGUAUCAGAAAAAGCAAAUACUCAAAAUUGUACAGAAGUACAGUACUUGAGUACGAGUAACUAUACUUUCCACCACUGCCUUGGGAUUCCUGCUUCAGUGGAGGCUUGUGAAAGAACUGACUGUCAGUGCUGGAGAGGAGACCACAUGUCCACAUGAUUAAAUUAGGCUGAGAUUAAAGGCCCAGUCUGCCAUUUUGUUGAUUUUGAGUAUGAAUAUUUUGGAACAUUCAAGUCAAUGGCCAUGUGUUCAUUCCAGUAUUACAGUAAAUAAUUCCAGCAAAUGUUAUGGCUGUCACAUGUUGUUUUUCCACAAUCAACAGCUCUGUCUGUCACUGAGAAAUGAAAAACAUCGAACCAA